CCUCUCUCUCUGCUUCCCCUUCUCUCUGUGAAACUUCUCUUUCAGAGGAAACAACACCAGCCAUGGAAAUUGUGCCUCAGAGUAUGUUACGACCUUCGCGCCCACAAGCUCCGUACACUGAUCAUCGUUUCUCAGGACCUCUUAUCAGCAGCGGGUCAUGCAGAAUAUCAAACACGUCAGUCCGUGGUCUUGCCAGUAGUAUUGCUGGUGGUAGUAAUCUCAGAAUCUCUAGUGGAGGUAGUCUCAGAGCCUUUAAUGGAGGUAGUCUCAGAGCCUUUAGUGGAGGUAGUCUCAGAGCCUCUAGUGGAGGUGGUUUCAGAAGUGGUUUUGGUCCUGCCACAGGUUUUGCAGCGCAACAAAUCACAGCUGUAACAGCCAACCAGAGCCUACUGACCCCUCUGGAACUUACGAUCGACCCAAACAUCCAGACUGUCCGUACACAGGAGAAAGAGCAGAUCAAGACUCUCAACAACCGCUUCGCUUCGUUAAUUGACAACGUUCGCCUUCUGGAGCAGCAGAACAAAAUACUGGAGACUAAGUGGAGCCUGAUGCAGGAGCAGACGGCCCGCCCCUCCAACACUGAAGCCAUGUUCGAGGCUUACAUCAUGAACCUGCGCAGACAUCUGGACGGGCUCGGCAGGGAGAAAAUAAAGCUGGAUGGAGAGCUGCAGCACGUGCAGGGACAGGUGGAAGACUUCAAGACAAAGUAUGAAGAUGAAAUCAACAAGCGUGCCACUAAGGAGAAUGAGUUUGUGCUCCUGAAGAAGGCUGUGGAUGAAGCCUACAUGAACAGGACUGAGCCUGAAGCCAAGGCAGAUUCCCUCCAGGAUGAGAUUAACUUCCUCAAAGCUGUUUAUGAUGCAGAACUGCAGCACUUUCAACAACAGUGUAAGAACACUGAAGCCACUGUGAUAAUGAACAACAGCCGAAAACUGGACAUGGACGCCAUUGUGGCUGAGGUCAAGGCUCAGUAUCAGGCCAUCGCGGACCGCAGCCGUGCUGAAAUUGAAUUAUGCUAUAAGCAGAAGUUCGAGGAGAUGAAGACCAGUGCAGACCAGACUGGAGAUGACCUCCGCAGAUCUAAGCAAGAGAUUUCUGAACACAACCGCCUGAUCAGCCGCCUCCAGAGUGAGAUUGAGGCAAUUAAAGGACAGUGUGCCAACCUGGAUGUCCAGAUCACUGAGGCUGAGGAGUGCGGAGAGCUGGCUGUGAAAGAUGCCAAGGCCAGCAUAAAGGACUUGGAGGUGGCCCUGCAGAAAGCCAAAGAGAGCAUGGCCUGCCAGGUCUGCGAGUACCAGCAGCUCAUGAACAUCAAACUGGCUCUGGACAUUGAGAUUGCCACCUACAGGAAGCUUCUGGAGGAAGAGGAACUUAGACUUGAAGGUGGGGGAGGAGAGGCAACUGUCCGCAUAGAGUGUCAGCAGCAGCGUGGCGGUUACAGUGGCUUUGACAGCAUCACGGCCAGGAGCGGUGGCAGCAGCAACGCCUUUGACGAGGCCACGUCAGCCACUAACGGGCCCUAUGACAGCAUCACAGUCACCUCCUGAAGAACAACCAGCAGCUCUAUCCUCACUUUCUAUAAACAGCAGUUGUCUUUCUCUCCAUUGUCCUCCAUCCCUCAUUUCAUUCUCCUUCUCUUGUCCCUCCCCUCUCCCUGAAAACCACUCAAAGCUUCCAUAAAUCCCCUCACCGCAUCCUCAGAAACAUUUGCCUUUAAUAAUUUUAAGCUGUCAGAUCCAUGUAAUAAUGCAGCUUUCUUUGGAAUUACUGUGCUAAUGCAACUUUUUGGCAGCACAAGUAGAAGCAGAGAAAAUAUUAGAACAGAAACAACGAGCAGCAGAGAUAACAGUCAGCCCUCUCUUCCUUUAAUCAGUCAGCCUGAUUGUCUUUUGGUUGCUGGAUCUGCUGUCACGCAGACAAUAGGAUAGCCUAGUUGUAGUGUCAUGGCAGAGAAUCCUUAUGGCAACAAUCGCUGCACACAAAAUGCCAAUAGCAGUUCUUUGAUAUGCACAGAGGGAGGUCUGAAUGUUGUGGUUGGUCUUGAAUUUAUAAAGCAAACAUGGCAUAACUCCUCUUUUCUGUAAAGUCUCUGCUGUUGUCUCACAUCUGUCGUUUUGUUGUGCAUUUUACCACCACCAGAAGCAGUCACAUGUUACACUUUCAUAUUUGACUUUUGGGUACCUCUUUUUCUUUUGCUCUGAGAAAAAAUGAGCUCUCCACUGGUGUUUUGAUGCUCCUGUACCUCAAUUUCCACUCUGAAUAAAAAAUAAACUGGGACAUAAAUGGAAUAAAUCUGAUUUCAUAUUCAAACAAUGCAAACACUGUAAGCAAUAUUACACAAGAGGGCGUAAUCACGUCAGUCUGGCUCAUAAUGACAGUGAAGCCUUUGAGUUUAAUAUUGCAAUUACACAACAGUUACCAACUAAAUAUAAGAUACCAUUAAAAUGUACUCAUAUUGUGGGGCAAUUCAUUCUCAUAAUAAACACGUUUUGCUUAUCUCUUAUGGAAAUGGGUUCUAACUAAUGACUGGAUACCAAUCAGUCACGUCAGUAGACUGCUAUGUAGCUAAUAAAGCCUGGUCAACCAUAAA